AUGCCGAGUUUUCUCGGGUCGGUUUUCGCCAUUGCACCACUCAAAACCGAUACGUUGAAACCAGGGCAGGAGCUCAGAGACUGGGAGCAGUUAGUAUCCGCAGGAGGCAUCUUCACUCUCGGUUUCUUUACACCUACAGACACAGAAUCAUCUACCUUCACGUCCUUCACACUCGGUUCAGCUGGUCUUAGAUAUAUUGGUAUCUGGUCUGAAAGCAGUUCAUUCAAUCCAGUUUGGGUGGGUAACCCAACCGAACCAGUUUCUGAUUCAUCCGGUUCUCUAUCCGUUGAUACCAAUGGGGUUCUCAAGAUCACACAGGCAAAUGCUUCUCCAAUCAUGGUAAACCAAAAACCGGUCGAGCAGCUCUCGUUGGCCGGAAAUUUCUCUGCCACUUUACUCGAUUCCGGGAACUUCGUGAUCCGAGAUAUCGGACGAGGAGGAGGAUUCUCCGGUCGGGUUCUCUGGCAAAGCUUUGACCAUCCCACCAAUGUAUUACUUCCCGGGAUGAAGAUUGGGUUUAAUCUAAAAACCAAGAAAGAAGUUGCGGUUACUUCUUGGAAAAGCAACCAAGAUCCAUCCUCGGGAGCAUUCAGACUAGGACUAGACCCGUCAGGAGCUAACCAGCUACUCGUCUGGCGCCACCAUGAAAUCUACUGGUCCAGCGGGAUUCUGACGAACAACGGAAGCUCUCAACUAACCUUAGAGCUAUCCAGACGCUACAUUAAUUAUGAGUUCACGUUCGCUUCAGACAAGUACAUGAAGUACUUCAGUUACUCAGUCAAGAAAACUAAUGCUACCGUCUUCUCCAGCUGGUCCUUGGAUACUCUAGGCCAAAUCACUGUAACCAACCUCUUCAGGAGCAACACAAGCAGCACCUGGAUGUCUGAAGGCAGUGCACCUUGCGAGAAGGAUUUAAAGAACAGUGAAGCAGUCUGCAUCACGGAGAAGCCAACGGCUUGUAGAAAAGGAUCCGAGUAUUUCGAACCGAGAAGAGGAUACAUGACGAACAAUGCUUAUUAUGAUGAUAGUUUAACCUCUGGCCUAAGUGACUGCCAUGGAAGCUGCUGGAGAAACUGUUCUUGCAUAGCUUUCCGAAGCUUUUCCAACGGACGAUGCCGAUAUUGGGGAAACGGGUCAAAGUUUCUCCCUUAUGAUAGCUUCACCUUCAACCCAAAAAUCUAUGUUCUUGAUUCUGAAAAGUGA